GUCAGCUGUAGUUGUGUGUACUUCCCCGAGCUCGGACCGGACGGUGUCGGUGUCCUGUCGGUUCUCGGAGCGGCUCGUCCAGCGGCGGUGGGCCGGAGAGCAGCAGCGGCAGCUCGGCCUGGUUCCCCCGGAGCAGCGGCGGGAUGUCGGCUCUCUCCAGCCGGGCGAUGCAGCAGCAGCUGGCCGCCAUCAUGGCCGCGCUGACCACGGCGGCGGUGGCGGAGAUCUGCGAGCUGGUGGACGAGGGCUACGCGGAGCUGCAGCUGGAGAUCCGCCGCAGAACCAGGGAGAACCAGGACCUGAAGCAGAAGCUGCUCCUCAUCGAGUCCAUCGUGGGCCGGGCCGGCAGGAAGGAGCCGGGGGAGGAGCCGGGGAAGGAGCCGGAGGUCCAGCGGGAGGAGCCGGAGGUCCAGCGGGAGGAGGUGUCACAUGAGGCGGGGACAGCUCCGCGGAGGGACCGGGGAGCCGCGGUGCUCCAGCGGGAGGAGCUUCCUGACGUGGUGCUGAUCAAAGACGAAGACUCGGACACUAACGACUCCUUUGAGGAAGAUAAUCAACCGACGGCUGUGGCGGUUUCGACUCCGCUCGGCCGGAGCGUGAAGAGACGCUGGCCGGGACACGAGGAGGCGGAGCAGCAGUCGUCCUCCGAGCAGCUCACACUGAAGACCUCCCAGCCCACGGGGGGGACGCCGCAGGCGAGCGUGGUGGUCUACACGCUGGAUUCCCCUCGCAGCGAGCCGGGCUGCUCCGGGCAGUACGGCGGCGAGGAGCUGAAGGCUGACUCCUCCCACAUGGACCCGGACCACGCCCACCUGGUCCAGCAGGAGAGCUCGAUGAUUUCUCCGACCUCUAACAGACAGAGUUACUUUGGGAGCAGCUCUCUGAUGGAGUCUCCGAGCACCCGGGCGGAAACGGAUCUGAGUCUCACGUGGUCCAAACGCUCACAGAGUCGGACGCCGUUUCCUCAGUUUCACCAGAAUGACAACGUGGACGGAGACGGUUACGGGCUGAAGCUGAUCAGCGUCUCGGGGUCGACCUCCACGGACUGCCAGCUCUCCGAGAGCAGCAACUCUGCGUUUGAGUACGAGGACGCUGACAUGAUGACCUUGGCGCUCUUCAGGGACCCGUCGGGCGCGUCCCAGGCCGGGCCGCCGCCGCCGCCGGCGAGCAGCGAGUGCUCAGGGAAGCGCUUCAUCUGCUCCAUCUGCAGCAAGACCUACGCCACGUCCCAGAACCUGGAGGUUCACAUGCGCAUCCACACGGGAGUGAGGCCCUUCAUCUGCUGCCAGUGCGGAAAGAAGUUCACCCAGUCGGCGCACCUGAAGUCGCACCUGAGCGUGCACUCUGGCGAGCGGCCGUACCCGUGCACGCUCUGCUCCCGGAGCUUCAUCGUCAAGUACAGCCUCAAGCUGCACGUGAAGAAGUGUCACCCAACCGCCACAGGGAAUGAGUGUGAUCUGUGAAUACAACGAUUUAAAGAUCUGUUAUUGAACUGGUGCAGGAGCCAAAUAUUUGAUGCUCCAUCAUUUGCUUCUUUCUGUCUUUUAACUCGAUGAUGACUGAUGACUGGUUUUACCAUUUUAAAGACAUUACAUGUUAUUGAUCUGAUGCUUUUAUCCAAAGCGACUUACAAUUAGUGCAUUAAACGUUUAUGAGUGGCCAGUCAGGGUUCAGCAUCUUGCUCAAGGACACUUCAGCAGUAAGACCGGGAUCGAACCACCGUUCUUCUGGCUGGAGGACGACGAUCGCUCUACCCCCUCAGCCACAGCGGCCCCAUUCGUUCUAGAAUCAGAAUCAGAAUUCUUUUAUUUGCCCGGUAUGUUUUCACAUACAGGAAAUUGCCUUGGUGUCAUUGGUGCACUGAACAUAAAACAACAAUAUAAAAAACAACAAUAUAAAAAACAACAUAUAAAAAAAAUAAAAUAGAAUAAAGUAUAUACAGUAACAGUUAUGGGCACGUGCUGAGCUAAGGUGUAGAGAUUGGUGAUAGAAUUCUUUUAAAACAAUAAUCCCCAGUUUAGAUCUCAUUCUUAUUUCAGAGUGACACUUCAAAGUGUAACUUUUGUGUACAGAUCAAAGUGUUUUAUAUAAAAGGCUGAAUGUUGUGUAAAGAUUUAAACACACAAACGCAGUCGGCCUUUCCUGUUUAUAAAGUAUGGAAUCGUUUUGUAUUGGUUCAUGUGUUUGUUGAAGGUGAAUUCAAAUUUCACUUGAGGAAUUUAAGAUUAAAAAAUGUCCAAUGUUGUAGUUUGUUAUUAAACUUUUAUUGAAGCAGCAAUUUUAUUGAAUCUUUUUUC